CGAUGAAAUUUGAUAUUCGGCACCGAGCAUGUAAAGUUAUUGCCUCAGUAUCAAGGCUAAAAUAUAACCACCAAUCUGCCCAUGUGGUCAAUCUCGAAAUCCGUCAUACUUCGAUACGGUAACCCAAACACCUCAACUAGUCCUUGAAUAUCAGUCCAACUCUAAAGCUAUUCGCAUAACAGACAAAAUUGUCAACUCGUCUUCAAUAUGGUUGUAAGUACCUUCCUAUUACCAUACUAAAUCUGCACCAGCUGCGCCAGUCGUGCGCACAUUCUACGAUACUGAUUGCUUCUGCUAUAGCUUCCCUUGGGCCUACUCACGGCCGCACAAGGCCACCCUAUGUUGGUCGAGCUCAAAGAUGGCGAGACCUUAAACGGUCACCUAGUUUCGUGCGAUACUUGGAUGAAUUUAACACUGAAGGAGGUUGUGCAGACUAGUCCGGUAUGAAAGAUCCAAUCGGGAUGGCCAGGGGUUUUUGGUUGGAAUGCGCUGAAGCUGAAGCUUUCAACUUAGGAUGGCGACAAAUUUACAAGGUUACCGGAAAUCUAUGUUAAAGGAAACAACGUACGUUCAUUUUGGGAGUCUUGAUUAGGAAAGCUGUGUUCUAAUCCAAACCGCAGAUCAAAUAUCUACGAAUGCCAGAUGAAAUCAUCGAUUUAGUAAAGGAUCAACAACAGGGUCAGCAAGGAGGAUACAGAGGUCGCGGAGGCAACAGGGGUGACAGAGGUGGUGAUAGAGGUCGUGGUGGUAGAGGAGGAAGAGGAAGAGGAAGAGGUGGGAGAGGGGCUUGAAAGAUUGGUGGUGGUGGUGGUAAUGGGUAAAAAAUGGACUCGAAGAAACUACAUAAUGGCACUUAUGACACAUUGAGUGCAUUGGGGCGACUAUAUUUCCUUGUUAUGAACAUCAGAAGAUUUUGAUGUGUGCAGGAAAUUGCCUUGAAGUGAUGCGGGCAUACUUUAGGUCCGUACAUGAUAUGAGAAAUUCUUGAGGCCAUAUACAAACUACCUAGUAUGUCUCAGCAGAUUCUCAAACCCUCAUAUACUCAAAGAUUUUAGCUCACAAUAAGAAAAA